CUGAGUGUUUCGGGCUCAUUACUUCUAGGCAAUGCAUGUCGAGGGGCGUGGCGACCCCAGCAGCAUCGUCCUUCUUGAACGGUUACUCCGCUUCAAAUUACAACUUUCGCAGUGCGAUUUAGGUAGUCACUUAGUUAAUUCUCUCGCUGUUGCACGUCAGCAAUUUUUCGAACACCCUCAGAUUUUGGGUGGACGCCCUUUAACAGUUGCUUAUUUUGUUUCCAACUAUGAGUGUUCGUUUAGCCAUCAAUUCCUGAAGAAGUUUCUGGGAAAUUCGAAUUCUCUGCGCAUGAUUCCAAGCAGUACUCAGCGCUGUUGAUAUUGAAGAUUUCCGUCAGAGAUAGUGUAGCGUUAACAUGCCAUGAACCUCCAAGAAAGGAAAGAAAGAGACCAUCACGAGCAUCAUCAGCGAAGGAGAAGACACCUAUGGAUGAUGCUGCCGAUGUAGGAGUUGUUGUUAGCGCUUUCUGCGACUUCGACCUAGUCGCUAAAAGCCCUCUUUAUGGAAAACUGGCCGGCAGAAGGGGGAGCGAGACGUUGGCAGCAUCUGACGAGCAUCUGAGAAAGACUGUAGACAAAGUGACUCACUCUUGUCGGCAUGUUGAAGUCAAGAAAGAGCAAACGGAAAUGAAAGUGGAGAGUGAAGUCGUUGUGGUGUCACAACAGGUUGUCCAUCAGGAAGAAUCAGAUGCAGAACCAUGUGGUUCAGUUACUCCGAUGAGGACUGAUGGGGAAGACAAUGACAAAUGGUCAACGUCAGACAACCAAUCGGCUGGCGGUCGCAUCAUGUCACCAGGAAGAGGACGCGGAAACGAGCUCCAUAUAAUCGACACAGCGUCAUGGUUGUUGAUAGAAAGUACAUGCGUCAAAAGACGUCAAGUAAAGAAGACCGAAAUGAUGAUUCAUAUGGCGAGGAAGAGGAAGAAGAAGAACCUUCAGUUGCGCGUGAUACUUUUAUUUCGAUGAAGAACAAGACUUUACGAAUUAUGGAGCAAGAACAUUCCUUGGAUAACUUUGAUCUCCUAGGUCUCCCACCCCUUGGCGAUCUCUCACGACUGAACGAAGACGCUAUUGAAAUGCUUGAAAAGCGAUUGAAUGAUCUCCGAGAGAUUUAUCAUAACUCCAGAGCUGAACUUCUUAUGAUGGAAAGGAAAAGGCGGAAAAAGGCCGAGAAGAGGAAAGAACGAGAAAGAGCACUCCGCGAAGCUUCAGCCAUGGAGAAGUCACAAUGAUAUCUGCGUUCCUAAAAGUAUUGUUGUAGAUAGAUGUAAUCCAC